AUGACUUCUCAAUGUUUCAUUAUGAGCUUCAAUAACAUAAUAGAACAACGAGACGCAAAACCUCCAAUUACAAAAGAAAAAGUUAUGUCUUACGAAGAGAAAUCUGUGGGAUCGACGGUGUUCUUUAAAUGUGAAGCAUGUCCUUUUAUGGCACUAGCUGAAGAUGAUAUCAAAUUCCAUAUUUUUACUGUUCACCCAGAUUUAGCCAAAACAAAUGGACUUGCUGACAAUAUACAGAUAUCUUGUCCAGGUUGUAUCAGCGUGUUUGAUGCAGAAGAAACUCUUAGGACUCACCUUCGCAAUCAUCAUAAAAUGGGCAUCAAAGAUGUGAAGAAAAUGGUAAAAAGUUUAGUUCAAAUAGCCCUCAAAAAUGCAAAACUAAAGAAGGAAGAGAAGCAAACAGAUGAUUCAAAGCCUAUAAAUCCCCAUAGGGCCGAUGUUAAAAUACCACAAGUUAUUGAAAUAGUUCCUGACAUCGUUACUCCAAAUAAUGAAUCUCUACCAAAAGGUGUUGCUUACAUAUCAGUUGACGAGUUGAACAAUAUGAGUACACCAAAUUUUGAAAACAUUGAUCCAAAAGAAUUAAUUCAGGAAGCUAGUAUCAAUAUAGUGUACAGUAAUGAAAUGUCAACUCAAUAUGUAAAUGUAUCUGAUACAGAAUCAUCAAAUACAUCUCGCAAUAUUAUCCAAGUAUCAAGUGUUACUCCAGAUCUCAUUUCAUCUGUACAACCACAUGUUACAACUGUUCUUGAUAGCAAUUUAUCUUCACCAAAGACUGAUAAAGAUGAGACCUUACAACUUAUUAAACCUCAAGCAUCAACAAAUGUGAAUGACUCAAGUGUUCAAAUCCUAAAUUAUUCUUAUAAAGAUAAUAAAGUGCAGAUGAACAGUGAUACAGAAAAGAAAAAUGUGAUACAUUGUGCUAUUGAUGGAUGCUUUGUUCGUUUAAAAGAUGAAAAAAAUAUGUUGUAUCACAAAAAAUGUCACCUAAAUGGAAAACUUCAUUGUCCAGAAUGUGGUAAAAUUUGUCCCGCAAUUGAUGCACUGCACACACACCUGUGGAAGUUGCAUGCUGUGGAUAUGGAGUUGCCAACAUGCGAAAUUUGUGGUUUUAAAACGUACAAGAAGUAUAGACUUCAUAAUAUUCAUAUGAAAUGCCAUGGGAAACUUAAGGCAUAUACAUGUUCAAUCUGCAAUAAGUCUUUCAAAAAUGGUAAUCAGUUCUCUAAACACAAGUUGAUUCAUGUACAAGACUCGACCCCUGUUCAAUGCCAUAUCUGCCAAAGAGAAUUUAGUAAUGAGCGGCGAUUAAGAGUACAUAUAAGUACUGUCCAUGAUAAGAUGAGACCUUUUAAAUGCGGCCAUUGUGAUUAUACUGCUGCUAGAAAAGGUGAACUUAAGUUGCAUCUGAGAUCUCAUACAGGUGACAGGCCGUAUUCUUGCGACCAGUGCGAAUACCGUGCAGCAGACCACAAUGCAAUGCGACGUCACAAGAAGCUGCAUUCCAAUGAAGGUGUUUACAAAUGCAAAUACUGUCCAUACACAGCAAUACAAACUAACAUAUUCACAUCUCAUAUGAUCUCCAAACAUCCCAAUGUCAGUUCUAAUGAUGUACACUGUUGUCCUUAUUGUCCGUUUAAAUCUGUUAGCAAGGAAAAAUAUGUCGUACAUCUCACCACACACAGAGACAAAGAAGGUAUACAAUUGCUUGUAGACAUGCAAACAGGAAAAGCUGGUAAACCAAGUUGGACUAUUCCAAGUGAUACAGAAAAAUCUGAUGAUAACAAUAAAUUAUCAAAUGAAGUUGCUAAAGACUCGAGCCCAAAAACAGUAAAUGCAAUACCAAUAGAAGUAUAUGACUGUGAUAGUCUAUCCGAAAGCUUACCACAGGAAUAUCCAAAAAACUACUGUACAACAACAAGCAAUGAAGUUCAAGCUCCCACCUUUAAGAGUUGUGUUAUGGUCACAGAUCUAAGUAAAGAGGAAAACAAUUCAGAUUGUGUUAUAUCUGAAAACUUGAAUGACACUUUAAUUGACCGACACCAGUUCACUUCACAACGUCCCUUACAAAUGACAUUUGAUAGUAAUCAAUCCAAUUUACAUGGGUUUUUAAAUACGUCUGUAUCAAUGGAACAGAGUCUUCUACAAAACAAUAGUGUAAAUUCUCUUGCAUCUGAUCAUUCUCCGAUUGGUAGCAGUAUUAGUAACAAUAUCAUGGCUAAUUUCCCCAUUAGGUUACCUCCCACCCCUCAAAUAUCGGUUAGGAACAACAUAAUGCUGAAACCUGUCGAUAAAAUAUCUAUGCCGAUGACAAAAGUUCUUGGACCUAUCAUUAAGCCUACGCAAAUCUUGCCUGUUCCAUCUUCUAGUCAUUCCCCCAUUAACGUUAGUAAUGAACCAGAUGGUGUGCCGAAAAAGAAGGCAAAAAUAUCUGUAAAGAGCAAUUUAAUACUUAAAGGCCCGGAUCAGGUUAAUAUGUUUCAUUCGCAACAGAAAAUGGCGUUUAAAAGAUUGGAGGACAAUGAAAGGUUCGGUCUAGGCAGGCCAGUGACUUUUAACAACUUGAUCACUACGCAAUUCAUGCAACUUCAACCCGAGCCGGUGCUUAGCGAAUCACCUAAUACAAUAAUGGCUUACCCUCAAGAAAAUAUGCUUGAAGAUUCAGCAACAACGCCUGUCGAUAGUGAAUUGAACAAUAAUCCUCAAAUAUUUACGUUUAACCAACAAAUGAAUGUAAACUCCAUGACAAUGUUGCCCUCGGCUCAGAAAAUCCAGACAAACGAUCCGAGUUACAUUAAACUGGAAGCGACAAUCAAACAAAAUACUCAAUCGCCUAGUUUAGAGAGAAUGUGCAACCUCAACACGCAAGCUAUCAGCAGAGAAUACAAGGCUUCACCACCUCUUGAAGAUAUUCAUAAGAAUAUGAAUGAGAUAAAAAAUGAAGUGAAAUCUGAUGCGUUCUAUAACAUGGCCUUAAACAACACGUCUAAUAAUCCAUCUAUCAUAGACCAAUAUUUAAUGGACAAUAUUAUAGGUGAGCAAUAUUCGCCACAUAUAGACCUGUCGACUGUCGUCUUACCAGAAAUAUCGGACCAACAGAACGACGUAAUAGAAAUCGAUGAUAAUUCCGACGACAACAAAAUGCUGCCCCGUUUCGACAUGAACUUCCCUUUGGAGUCUCUAUACCUCAUGCACAAUGAUUUUCACUUUCUAGAGAAUGAUAUAACCUCAAGCAAUAUGCCUGCUGAGGUGGCAGUAAACGAAAUUAACAGAAUGGUAACAGAAGUUCCGAUUAUAAAUCAAAAAGAGUCCUUAGAUAUGGUAUCCUCAGAGGUAUUGAAUAAUGAAUUUCAAACCUUUGUACAUGGAAAGAAAGACCCUAUGAUGAACACGUCGGUCAGGCCUUCCACCAAUAAAAUUAAUGUUAAAAACAUAGAACUGAUGAAAAACUAA